CCUUUUGUGAGCUGUCAUGUCGAAAAGUCGCAGACAGGCGCCCAAACCAUAUUGGAACCGGAUGUUUCAUCGUUAUUCCCAACUCAUCCGGCACACUCAGUACGAGAAGCCUUCUUGGCAACAGAUGUUAAUUCUGGCAAGCCUUCGAAAAGCUCUUGUUGAUUUUAGAUCGGGAGGGCCGCUGCCAAGGCAGGUAUAUCAACCAGUUUGGACAAGCAGAAAGCGACCAAUCUUCUCUAGGAGUCGACCUCGAAGGCUUUACUUGCCAGAUCUUAAUUUGGAGAAUCAUAGUUUAGGGAAUGUUACAGAAAUUACAGAAUUGGAGGAAAGGAAAUCGUAUUCCUCCAACUGUAUUUGGUCUUCCGAUCGUCUGCGGAAUCAUCUAGGAAAUUGGAAAAAACCUAGAGCCAAGUCCUGGAUGUUUCCGAAGGUAAUACGGUUGUCCAAAGAAGAUACCUUUCUGGUUAUCAAAAGAAAAUCAUUCAAGCAAACUAAGAAUCCUUAUAAGAUAUCAUCAAGUGCCCUGCACUACAAAGCUUCUCCUAGGAUUCAUUAUCUGGCAAAGCCGAAAAAAACGCAGCUGCGAGUGGAAUUGCCCAGGGUCCCAAGAAAGAAGUCAUCCCGCAAAAUAAGCACUAAACGCCUCAAGAAGCUCGCCAAACCUAAGCUGCGUGAGGAUACGUGCACCCGAAAGACACCAUUCCGAGUUCCAGGUCGUGCCUUACGAGCCAAAAUCACAUCACGUCUCGAGGAGUUGGCCAAUCCCAAGAUAUAUCCUCCACGAGAAAUGUCAGGGAUCUGGAGAUCAUCUGAGCAGCAGUACAGAUAUUUCCAGAUCCCUUUUAUUAAUCGUUGCAUGGAUUUUCAAUAAAAAGCUUGUAGUACAAAGAUACCUUUCUUG